AGUUUCAAUUCACUAGCUCAGUUACUUUUUAACAAUUCUUGAUUACAGCCUGAGGAUUUACAAUUGUCAGUAAGUCAUCUGUAUUAAUUUACAUUUAUUUGCAUUUGUGUUCUCUUAUCUGAGGUGAUUUAUUUAAAAAUAUGACAUGAAAAUGUGUUAAAAGAGAAGUUUUGCAACUGUAUGAUCUUCUCAUAUGUUUGACUGCAGCUGAGUCACCAUUGCUCAAUGUGACUUUGCUGUUGUACUUUGUCAUUGCUUUUCUUGCUGCAGAAAUUCCUUCUGUUUUAGUAACCUUGUGCAUAAUACUGUUGUUAAAAAAAACAUUUGAUCAAGAAAGUACAGUUUUAAAAUUUGAAGUUUGUUGCCAGUGCAUUUCUUUUGUUUUAAAAAAAUUGAAUAAAAAUUUUGCUAUUGUUUACUCUGUUUAGUUUCACAGUGCCAUGGGAUGUAUUCCUUAAUGAGAGUGACCUUGGAGGCUUGCUUGCCGUCCCAUGUAUUUUCCAUGUAUUCGUUCUUUUGCUGCUGGUCGUGAUAAUCAGUCUUGUUUGUUCUUUUGAUGCAAAGCUGACCUUGUUCUUCAUCUGGGGUGUUUGGUGGGUACGUAAGUGACUGUUACGACCGAUCUUCGCCUGUAAGGUCCUGCUGCAAGUAGGACAGGAUACCGCAGACAAUUGAGUUCUGGACGAGUUACUGGCUUGGGAUUUCCUCUCCAUGUGUUUUUUCUCUGUCCCCGAUAUGUGCUUAAUUUUGAAGGAGGCUGAAUCAUUCUUUAUUUGAUUGCACCGGGUGCAGUGAUCCUGGGCGAGCUUUUUCCAGGACUUGAUGUCAAUCUCAAAACUCCUAUGUGUUGCUGUGAGUGUCCUUUUAAUGCUUUCUUAGACAGCCGUGACACAGCACCCCAGACUCGAGCUCUCCAUAGAAGAUUCACUUCGUCAUAAUCAACGGACAUCAUCGUUCAGGCACCCAGUGACUGGGCAGAUUUCAUCAGAAAACAUUGAGUAUACCCUGAAAGAGCAGCCUGAUAUCCGAAUGUCCAAGCAUCAGACAGACCAAAGGCCUCAAAGUAUGAUCAGCGAGACCUCCACAGCAGUAACUGCAUCCACGGUGGACACUGCUCCAGGUUCAAAGAUUUCAAAACCAAGCAGCAAAGUCCUUAGCUUUGGAAAGAGGGAGCAGUCCAGCAAGAGGAACCCGAAUGCACCGGUUGUGGUUAGAGGAUGGCUUUACAAACAGGACAGUUCUGGAAUGAGGCUGUGGAAACGUCGGUGGUUUGCACUCUCUGAAUAUUGCCUGUUCUAUUACAAAGACAGCAGAGAGGAAACAGUGUUGGGCAGCAUUCCUUUGCCUAGUUAUGUAAUCGCACCAGUUGAACCUGAAGAUCAUAUAAGUCGCAAAUAUGCUUUCAAGGCUACCCAUACAGGCAUGCGGACAUACAUUUAUAGUAAGAAUUCUAUUCUUGGCUCGCAGGGAGAUCACACUGGCAUGAGAACUUAUUAUUUCAGUGCAGAUACGCAAGAGGAUAUGAAUGGCUGGAUCAGGGCUAUGAACCAAGCUGCACUUAUGCAAGCAUACACUUUAAAGAGCAGAGAACCAGAAAAAGCAGGAAGGCCUCGCCUUACUCAGAACAACCAUAUCAACUCAUACAAGGGCUUUACUAAGGCAGAAGUGCUUCAGAGCAGAGAGAAUGCUGGGAAGCUUGAUGAAAAGUUUGGGUUUGAAAAACAUGAAGAAAUGAAGAAAGAAUGGAAUGAGGAAGAGAGAUAUGGCUUCCAAAAGGAUCCUGUAGAGAUAUUGGCCAGAAAAGGGAAUAAGAACAACGUGCAAGCAAGUUCUGUGGAGAGCGACGUGUUUACAGGAUAUCGCCCUUUGUCUCAACCACAUCCGACACAGCGCAAUGGCACAAUUCAGCCUCCCACAAAUUCCACUUUGGUAGACCAGAAUGGUGCCAAUGUUUAUCGGAGGGGGUUUGUGCCCCGAACUGGAACAGAGAAAAAUGUCCAGCGGAAAAGUUCCAUGGUGCAAGUGGAGCACUGGGUGAAAUCUCACAAAGGAGACGGCAAAAGCCUUGCAUCUGCCCAGACCCUUCCACAUCGGACACUAAAUCAAACACAGCCUUACCCAGAGACUUACCAAACUCUGCCAAAGAAUAUUGGGCAACCUUCAGAUAGCUCCAUAGCUGCGAAUCAUAACCUACCAAGUGAUUACAAGUAUGCUCAAGACCGUGUUAGCCACUUAAAAAUGUCAAAUGAAGAUCGGAAGGCCACUAAGGAGGGCACUGUGUGGCAGCUGUAUGAGUGGCAACAGAGGCAGCAGUUUAAGCAUGGCAGCCCAACUGCUCCACUCUAUUCCUCACAUGCCACAGACUUUGACUCUGGCUUACCAAAAUCUGCCUUAGAUGUUCCCCGUUCGGUCUCUGUUCCUCCAUCUCCCUCAGAUAUCCCGCCACCCGGUCCUCCAAAAGCCCUCUCACCCAGAAGACUGCACACUCCUGCAGAAAGAGUCAAUGUCAAACCCUUGGAAGAAAGGCCAUUCGAGAUCUUAUUUUCAGGGUCUCCGAGAAGAGCCCGUGGCCCCUUGACAAAGAGCUCGGCACACAUCGACAGGCGCUCUAUGCCUCCCAUGGGUUAUAUGACGCACACUGUCAGUGCCCCCAGUUUACAUGGAAAGACACUAGAAGAACUAACUUUACUGCUCAUCCGAUUACGGAGACAUCAAUCCAAGCUGGCUAAUGUUCGAAAUCAUACACUUGCCCAGUUGCAACUAAACAAGCUGAGCCAAUCCAACCGUCAGGCUGAUGACACAUACAUGCAACUGAAGAAGAACCUGGAGUACCUAGACCUAAAGAUGAAAUCUAAUGUACCUUUGAUCAACACGGUUCACAGAAUGGUAAUGAAAGUUACACCAAGGUUCCGACCCAGUCUCCAAGUGACGGGGCAAGAACCAAUCAGACGUGUUGUACAACCAGUUAAAAUUGCAGAAAGCAAUGCUGAUGCUAAACUGAGCAGACUUUGUGAACGGGACAAAAGUCUCCAAGAUCUGGAAGCUAAAGUUCGGCAACUGAAAACAGAUAAGGACAAGCUUGAAUCUGUACUGGAGGUAACACACAGGCAACUGGAUCAAUACAAAGGACAGCCAACCCAUACUGAGAAGAUCGCCUAUCAACAGCGGCUUUUGCAAGAAGACCUCGUUCAAAUAAGAGCUGAGAUUUCAAAAGUCUGCACAGAGUUGGAGAAUGCAUGGAAAGAAUAUGAACAGACAGAAAAUGAUGUGAACCAGCUCAAGGAAGCAAUCCUGGCACACAUGAAAACAGUACCUAGCCCACAGGAUCAAGAACAGAUAAGAAAGGAUCUGUGGAGGAUCGAGGAUGUUUUGGGAGGCCUCAGUGUGAAUAAGAACAACUAUAGGAUGAUUAUUGAAUCCAUUCAAAAUCCUGAAAGAAAAACUGUUCCUUCAGUGCCUUCCUCAGUGGUGCCUUCUGUAAUAAAUACACUCACAAUGAAAGAGGGGGAAACUACUACUCAGCUGAGUCCCUCAGUCAGUCCGGUGCUGCCUUCUCCAGGGCCUGUGGAAACACAACUUCAACCUCAGCAACAGCCUGUUAGUCUGCCACUUUUCAACCCUCAACCCCUGCCUCAGUUCAGACAACAUCCAAAGGUGCUGGAGGAUCAAGCUCCUCCUCGACCACCGCUCCCUCACAUGUACAGUCCUGAUGACCAGCCACCAGCUGUACCACCUCUUCCAAAAGAUGCUACAGUCAUCAGGCACACAUCAGUUCGGGGACUGAAACGCCAGUCUGAUGAAAGGAAGAGAGACCGGGAGUAUGGUCAAUACAUGAAUGGAGAUUACAAGUCAGAGUUACGUACUUAUAUGAGUGAACCCGAACUCAUAUCACUGGGAAGCGGGCUCAACAGGACCACAGCUGGAGCCUUGGGCCUAGACAGUGGCUUGCAGACACUGCCAGGUAAAGGGUUGUCAUCAUCUAAUUCAGGACUACAGCAGUCACUGACCAUACCGUCUUAUGUCACACUUAGGCGGAAAAAUACUGAAAGCUCUAAGGAAAGACCAAAGAGUGCCUUGGAGCGUCUCUAUGGAGAACACCAAAGAGGUAGAAUGAGUGCGGAGGAGCAAUUAGAACGUAUGAAGAAGCAUCAGAAGGCUUUGGUCCGUGAGCGCAAGAGAACACUGAGUCUUGGAGAACGGCACUCUACUUCAUCCCGGACCUCUUCCAGACCAUUCUCUGCUGAUGUUGGCUCAUGGAAACGUGAACAAGAGUUUGAUUUACAGUUAUUGGAAAAAGCAGUGAAAGGAGAACAUAAUACCCUUCAGGAGGGGCUUAUAAAGUCGGCACCAGUGGUGGAAGCUGAUGUGGAACCAUUAGACUACGAUUUGGAUCUCAGCAAAGAGUUAUCAAAGCCAGACAUGGUCCUAAUUCCAGAACGUUACAUAGAGUUGGAGCCUGAGGAACCACUCACCAUUGAGGAAUGUGAGGCACGGAGACGCAAAGUGCAAAAAAUCAAAAACAUCCUUUCCAAGUUGAGUUACCAGGAUGUGCAGCCGGGAGUUAACUACAUCAGUGAGAACUCCCCAGAUCUCAAUUCACACCUGCAGGAACGUGAACGUAUCAUCACUAUGUCAUAUGCAUUAGCAUCUGAGGCUUCCCAGCGCAGCAAAAUGGUAGCAGCUCAACAGCAAGUCCAUCCGUCUUCAGCAACUUCCCCUCCUCACUCCCCUCUUAGCAAUGGAUUCCACUACACAUUUGUCUAAGCAAAGCAGCAAACCAAAGCCCUGACUGAACACUAAAAAAAAAGGAGCAAAGAAUUGAACAAGAAAAGAAAAUUGCAAGAAAGCUGGACCGAUGGAGAGCAACACUGUAUUGCAGUUAACCUGUACUAACCAGCCAGAAAUGAAACUAAUUUCAUCAAUUUGCUUUUUGUACUAAAAACAAAGAUGAAUUUUCUAUAGUAGACAGUGAAGCAGGACUAUAAUGAAAUAUUGGAUUGAGUAUUUAAAAGGGAAGUUAUUUUUCUAAAACCUAAAGCAUACAGAAACAUUCACGGUGAAAGUUUGGUGACUCAGAUGUUGGAAACUAAAGUUUUUCUUAACACAGCAGAAGUGUGUGAAGUAGGUUUAAUUUUUUUAAAAAAAACAUUAUAUAUGGUAUUGCACUUUAUACAUAUACCAUGAAAAGCUGAUUUGCUGCAUUUUAGAAUCAGAAUGUAUUAAAAUAGAUUUAUACAAAACAUGCAAUUAUUCAGAGCAAUUUUGCAGUGUUGUGAAAUGUGUUUAAUUUUAUUAGCCUGUUUUCAGCUGCAAUAUAUUAUAUUCCAAUGGUGACUACAAAUACUUCAGAAGAAAAAGGACCAAUUCCCUGGUUCUCUCAUAAUUUACCUUAAAAUACUGAUCUAUUUUUGAAUCUGAAAUUAAAAUGUGAUAUUCUUACCAUUUUUGGAUCAAUUGUAAAAUGAGUUUAUUUUGUCUGAAUUGAGCACUGCCAGAAUGAAUUUUAUUGCCAAAAACAAAUGGAUUUCAUUGUUAUUUCUGCAUGGACACUUGCAAAGUGAAAAGCACAGUGGAAAGCUAUUUUGAAAGACGUGAAGAGGGAGCAUAGACACGUUUUUGAAAUUUGCAGGGGAAAAGGUUGCAUAUAUGUAAAUAUUAAACAAAAAAUUCAACAACAAGGUACCGUGUUUCAUUUCAUGAUACCAAAUGAAUAUAUGAAUAAAUUUGAUUUAAUGAUG